UCCGCUAGCAGUUGUAGUUGCACAGUCGUCCCUAGACCGCGUUUAAAAGGGUCCGGGAUCGCGCGCGGCUCACGUUAUCGUCUCCAAGGGUGCCCGGGGGGUUGAUAGGACGCGCAGUGAUAGUGCGGUCGCGUUCACGGUGCGAAGUACGUCACUGGAGCAGUGGUUGCCGAACCGACGGAACACCUGCUGUUCCUGUGUUAACGGGCCCUAACCCAGCCUCGGCGAAUCCACCCUAACUCCGUUCGGUGGCGCAGGUAUACUCCGCUCGCGCGCACACCCGGACCGCGCGCCCGUGUACGCGCAAGGCGUGUAAAAGAAGAGAAUAAUAGCGUAAUAGUACGGCACAACAGUAUGGCGCGUGCGCCCCGGCACAACGGUCCGGCGUCGGAGGAGCAGCUGUUGGUUCGGUGGCCGUGACGUUCGCGCGCGGUCGUCGUCGUCGUCGUCGUCUGCUAACACCGCGCGCUCGUGCACAACAUCCCUGUCGAACGGCAGUCGUUCUCGCCGCGACCUGGUGUGCCCGUCCCCGUCCCGUACGUACCGUCGGUUUGGCGCGCGAUCACACGAGCACGGGCUAGCCGAGCGGAGUGCACUACCCCGUAUCGAUUCCGCGUAUAUACUCGCCCCGCAUCGAUCGUUUUGUCGGCGGGUAACGACUCGCGUGCCGACGCGUGAUCUAUAGAUCGGUAUCGUCCUCCCGGGUUUUCUUUCCUCGUCGUCCGGACCGGCAAUCGGUUUACGCGCACGAAUUGUACCAUGCCGUCGGUGACGGAGAUCACUACUACUACUACUACUGCUGCUACUACUACUAUUGCUGCAACGUGAUCGUCGAGCAUGACGACGACCGGUUUGGCUGUGCCCCGCUCCAUGGCGGGUUUGGCGGGAAGAUUGUCAGGAAUGAUGCCUACCCCCAGCGCACGUGGAAGAAAAGGCUGGUGCGGCUGCCUCCAGGACGACGAGCCGCCGGAGAUCACCUACUGUGUGGUCGAUAAUUCGGGCACCCUGACGUUGCAGACGAUGACACCUACUCUGCCCAUGCCCGAGAAACUAGAACUAGACCGUCUGUUCGCCGAGCUAGUGGAAGAACUUGAUUUGACGGCUACAAAUAAAGCAGCCAUGUUGGAACUUCCCGAAGAAAAGAAAUGGCAAAUUUACUGCAGUAAAAAAAAGGAUCAAGAAAACACGACCGAUUUGUCGCAAUCUCCAGAAACUUAUAUCGAUCAUAUAAGAAUUGCGAACGGAGAUCAACGAGAGAACACCAAAUUGUUUGAUUCCUUAAAGACUGCUCUUCGAACUCAGCCUCAUAGUUUCGUCUUGAGAUUUGUCCAAGCUAACGGACUUGUCACUCUAUUGGAAGUAUUAUCUUCGAUGGAUUACGACACUCAACAAGGAGCUAUACACACAUCAAUAAUUGGAUGUAUUAAAGCCCUUAUGAACAACUCUACUGGAAGAUCUCACGUGCUGGCUCAUCCUUCGGCCAUUAACACGAUUGCGCGUAGUCUACUCACUGAAAACCCUCGUACUAAAGUCGCCGUGUUGGAAAUCCUUGGUGCUUCCUGUUUGGUCGCUGGCGGUCACAAGAAGGUCCUCAAUGCCAUGACCGAGUACAAGGAGUUUGCUCAUGAACGUGCCAGAUUCCAAGGCAUAAUUAAUGAUUUGGAUAGAAACACUGGCAAAUACAGAGACGAUUUGUCUGUUAAGACAGCAAUCAUGUCUUUUGUAAACGCUGUCCUAAGUUAUGGACCCGGCCAAGAAAGCUUGGAGUUUAGAUUGCAUUUAAGAUAUGAAUUCUUGCAGCUUGGUCUCAAGAAUAUUACUAUCAAGUUAAGAGAACACGAGAAUCAAACGUUGGACCGACAUAUUGAUUUUUUCGACAUGGUUCGCAAAGAAGACGAAAAAGAACUGGCGAGAAAAUUCGAACAGGAGCAAGUAGAUACCCAAAGCGCUACUUCUAUGUUCGAUUUGUUACGCAGAAAAUUGAGCCAUUCUCCGGCAUAUCCUCACUUCCUUUCACUCUUUCAGCACUUUUUGCUGUUACCUCUUGAGUAUGGAAGUCUUCCACAGCACUGGCUUCUGUUUGACCGAAUAGUACAGCAAAUAACUCUUCAAACCGAUGCUGGUACUGAUAAUGACGUGACACCAAUUAAUAUAAAUGUCAAAGAAAUAGUUCAUCUACUGGCCAAAGAAGAGGAACUUGUUGCUGCAAAAAAAAAAGCCGAAGAACUUGAAAAAGAAAACAGUAGUAUUGCUGUUUCACUUGCUAAAAAAGAACAAGAACUAGACUUAAGAAACCAAGAAAAAGAAGACAUGGAAGCCAGUAUUUCAAGGGUUAAAGAACGUUUGGAAAAGGAAAUAUCCAUUCAUUUGGAAACUAAGCAAAAGGUAUCAGAACUCGAAGACACUACUAGUGAAUUGCAGCACCGAGUGUUGUACGAGCAAACAGAAAGGAGAAAGUUAGAGGCAAUGCUUAGUAAUGGAAGCUUACCAGACGAUGCUAAAGUUAAUUUCACUGCUUCAAUGCCUAUUCCACCUCCGCCUCCACCUAUGGCUAAGACCCGUGGGCCCGCACCUCCACCAGCGCCUCCACUACAGUUGCCCCAACCAAAUUUUCCACCUCCUCCUGGCUGUCCUCCUCAAUUGUCCAGCAAGCAGAGGUCUGUUGAAAUUCCUAAACCUUCUGCUCCUCUGAAGUCCUUAAACUGGGCCAAAUUACCAGAAACCAAAGUAGCUGGAACCGUAUGGGCCGAUAUUGACGAAGGCAAAAUGUAUUCAAUCAUUGACUUUGAGACUGUUGACAAACUAUUCUGCGCAUACCAAAAUCAAAAACCCAACGGCAGUACUACAGUGAAUGAUGGGUCCUUAGAGGACUUAAGACAAACUGGAAAAAACAAAUCCAAAGUGUUGUCAGUAAUUGAUGGCCGCAGAGCUCAAAACUGUACCAUAUUGUUAUCGAAAUUGAAAAUGUCUGAUGAGGAAAUAGCCAGAGUAAUUUUGGACAUGGAUACUAAAGAUGUGUUACCAUUGGACAUGGUAGAACAACUUUUAAAAUUCACUCCAGGCCCAGACGAAGCAGCCUUAUUGGAAGAACAUAGUGAUGAUUUGGGUUGUCUUGCCAGAGCUGACCGAUUUUUAUAUGAAAUUUCCAAAAUUGCUCAUUACGAGCAACGUCUUAAUAGUCUAGUAUACAAAAAGAAAUUUGCUACAUGGACAAGUGAAGUGGAAGGCAGAGCGAAAAUUGUGAUGGAAGCAUCACGAGAAGUAGCUCGUUCCAGACGCCUAAGAAAAUUGCUAGAAUUAGUGUUAGCUCUUGGAAACUAUAUGAAUAAAGGAGCAAGAGGGAACGCUUGGGGUUUCCGUUUAUCAUCUCUAAAUAGACUUAAGGACACCAAAUCAAGUACUGUACGAGGUACAACAUUAUUACACUACAUUGUUGAUAUGGCUGAUGAGAAGAAGGAGUUCAAGGAUAUCUUGUUACUGGAAGAAGAUUUACCUCGUGUAAGAGGUGCCUCUAAAGUGAGCUUAGCUGAACUCGAAAAAGACAUGUUACAGCUAAGAAAUAAUUUGAAAGAAGUAGAACGAGAAGUUGAGUUCCAGAGAGUUCAACCUGUUGUGCCGGGUGAUAUGUUCCUACCAGUAAUGAAAGAGUUUUUAACUACUGCAACAUGUAAAUUUUCCGAAUUAGAAGACUUGUUCCAAGAUAUGAAAACUAGAUUUGAUAGGGCGGUCAGACUAUUUGGAGAAGACAACUCUACUAUACAACCAGAUGAUUUCUUUGCUAUUUUCGAUUCACUAUUGACAGCUCUUUUUGAAGCUCGUCAAGAUAACAUGAAUGUUAAAAGGAGACGAGGAGAGGAAGAGAAGCGAAUAAAGCAUGAGAGUGAUUUAAAAAAAUUAACCCUUGAACGGAAAAACUGUAAGGACGGAGCAAGUGUUUUGUCAAAUGGAUCUGCUGGACGUCGAACCACUAAUCAAGUAUCAAUUAAUGAUCACACGGGUGAUAAAACAGAAUUUGAUGAUCUCAUCUCAGCGUUAAGAACAGGAGAUGUUUUCGGUGAAGAUAGUAUGGCAAAAAUUAAACGCAGUAGAAAAUCUCGACAUUCGCCUCCGGCCAGGGAGCAUAGCAGGGACCGAGUAUUAAACAAUACACGCCAAAAAUAAUUGAACUGAUAUAAUAUUUUUUCAGUUAAGUUUAUCAUUAAUAAAAUAAAUGUUACUAAUUCUUGCAUUUUAUUCUACUUUCUGUGAUAUACAUUGUGUCGUAUCUAAAAUUGUGCGUAUGACUACGAGUUGAUUUUUAUUGGCUUAUGAAUAUUUUUUCAUCUUAUUUU